AUGGAUCCGCUGGAAGUCUCAAAACAACCGCAUUGGAUCUCAAAACCAUAUUUCCGAUUAUCCGAAGUCGCCAAAGAAUCAAUCACCCAAAAUGGCGAGCAAACAUUCCGCGAAAAACAAAAACAAAAACUGGCGGAAACCGCGCAAGCUCAAGGAAUCUCAAUGAAAAAAGCGCGCAAACGCGAACGCCGCCAACUUUGCGGAAAACGUGUGCUCGAAAUCAAACGCGCCAAAUUCCCGCCGUGCUCGCGAUGCGCACAACCUGCCGGACAGAAUUGCUCGCUUGAACGAUGCAAAAAAUGCUGUAGAUUCAAGUGUAAACAUGAGAAAUUGGAUUGUAAAGGUAGUUUUAGCACAUUUUUCCCUGAAAAUUCCCCCUCUUAUAUUUUCAGCACAUCGCUACAUCUUCUCUGAAAAUGCUGAAAUCGCCGAAAAUUGUUAA